AUGGACAAUAGUGGCCACCACACGGCGACCAAAAUCCUAGCGACUCCGCCGGCUAGAGAAAGCCUGUCUGCCAGGAGCAACAUGAUCAGCACGCCUAAGCCCCUCGCCUUCUCCAUUGAGCGCAUCAUGGCGCGGACGCCAGAGCCCCGCUCCAUCCCUGUCCCGCAGCUCCUCCACGGCUCCGUGGCCAAAGGCGAUCCCAAGCACCCGCUGCACCUCAACUCCUCCAUCCCCUGCAUGAUCCCCUUUGUCCCGGUGGCGUACGACCCCCUGCCCAAAACGGCGGUGGCCGGAGCGGAACCCAGGAAGGCUCAUUUAGACUCCUCUUCCUCGCCCUCUUUUAGCUGCGGCGAUCUCUUGAACUGUGCCCUGAGCUUGAAAGGAGAUUUCCCCCGCGAUGCCCUGCCCUUGCAGCAGUACAAACUGGUAAGACCCCGAGUGGUCAAUCACUCCUCCUUCCACGCCAUGGGAGCCCUGUGCUAUUUCAACCGAGGCGACAGCCCUUGUCACCCGUCCUCCAGUGUCAACAUCCACCCGAUGGCUUCUUAUUUCCUCAGCUCUCCCCUGCACCCACAGCCCAAGGCUUACCUGGCGGAGCGGAACAAGCUGGUGCUGCCGGCCGUGGACAAGUAUCCGGCAGGGGUGGCCUUCAAGGACUUGUCGCAGGCUCAGCUGCAGCACUACAUGAAAGAAAGUGCUCAAAUUCUCUCAGAAAAAAUCGCCUACAAGACCUCGGAGUUCAGCCGCGGCUCCCCGAGCAGCAAGCCCAAAGUUUUCACAUGUGAAGUUUGUGGAAAGGUAUUUAAUGCACAUUAUAAUUUAACUCGCCAUAUGCCGGUGCACACGGGAGCCAGACCCUUUGUUUGCAAAGUUUGUGGAAAGGGCUUCAGACAGGCGAGCACGCUCUGCCGGCACAAGAUCAUCCACACCCAGGAAAAGCCGCACAAAUGCAACCAGUGCGGCAAAGCUUUUAACCGGAGCUCGACCUUGAACACACACACGCGAAUACACGCCGGCUACAAACCUUUUGUCUGUGAAUUUUGUGGCAAAGGAUUUCACCAGAAAGGCAAUUACAAAAACCACAAACUGACUCACAGCGGGGAGAAGCAGUUCAAGUGCAAUAUCUGCAACAAGGCUUUCCACCAGGUGUACAACCUGACCUUCCACAUGCACACCCACAACGACAAGAAGCCCUUCACCUGCCCCACCUGUGGCAAAGGCUUCUGCAGGAACUUUGACCUCAAGAAGCACGUCCGCAAGCUGCACGAUAGCGCCCUGGGACUGCCCCGCCCCCCCGCUGAGCUGGGGGGGCCCGAUCAGCCUCCCCCGCCCGGGCCGCUGCUACAGGGCCCGCCGCCGCUCCAGCCCUGA